AUGUCCAGUCUAUGUGGGCGUGUAGGGCCCUUCCACAAAUGUAUUGGCAUACCAACUAUUACGUCAAUAUUUCUGUUGGCAAAAAUUGGGCUUACACAAACACUUUAUUUUUUUUUUGCAACUCUGACAAUGAUGAUAUCGUUUCACACGCUUAUGAAGUACAUUAUCACAAUUAUACCAGAAGUAUCCUAUUUGAUAUCGUUCCUUCAAUUCUAUUAUACGUAUUUUACUGGGUUAUUGUUUUUAUUGUCAAGAAUCAGGAUUAGAAACAUCCAAAAGGAAACCACCAAAAUUAUUUUUAGUUUGUACAAAAAUGAAGGAGCCCUUUACGAUUUCUGGUUUAGUUGCAAUAUUAUCACUAUUACUACAGGUAUGAUAUGGGCGUUUCUAAAACACAAUGCAAAUAGCAAAUCAAAGGAUGCGUUGGUAGUUAUAAUCAUUUCCUCGGUUUUGCGAUUUUCCGUUAUGUCUGCCCACCAGAUCAAACAGUAUACCUUGAAGCGUAACUGGCUUCCAAAUGCCAAAUAUGUAUUGAAUGUGCCUAUAACCAGAUUUCUCCAGAUGGAUAGUAUGUGCAUGUUGGUCAUUGCAGAGUUAUUUUUAGAAUCAAAGCAAGGCAUAUCAAAAGUAGCAUUGUUGGUGUUGCAUUCCAUCUUAAGCUUGCUAGGUGUUUUCGAUUUUGAAAUGACAAAAAGGGUUUUACCCUAUCAGCACGUCUACUUGUUUGUGUUUGGAUUGUUAGAGAAUUGGAUUUUAGUAUUGUUUUGGUAUGAAUGCAGAAACAGUAAAGCAAUUUUGUAUACACUUUGCUAUUUACUAAAAUGGAAUGGAAACACUGCUAGUCAAUCAGUAAACUUGAUUAUUACGUUGGUCCUCAAAUUUACCAAAAACGACGAAACUGCUACCAAGAUGGAGUCUGAUCGUAUAGCCUCAUUUGGGUUUGAUUGCUUUAGUAUUAUUAGCGAUUUGCAUUAA